UAAUUAAUUCUUGUUUAUUUGUAUUAUAGAUUUAUUAGGCAAGUAAGCAAGCUGAAAUAAAAACUGUCAACAAUUUUGCAAUGAAAAUGUAUUCCGUUUACGUUGGGGGGGGGGGUUAUAUAAAUCUUAGUAGGUAAGUAUUUUUUAAAUAAUGAUGAAAUAAUUUCCAAGUAUGAUUAGUAAAAUAGUAAUUAUUAUAAUAGGUAUUUAUAUUAUAUAUAGUAUAUAUACCAGACAUCUACAGAAGUAAAAUAUUUCCGUGGUUACGGAAUACCUUAACAAAUUGUUUAAUAGAAAAAAAUUUUGUGUAUAAAUUGCCUUGAAAAAUGUCAAAUCAUGUAGAUCUUCAGGCUCCAAGACCAAAGUUAUGGGGUUCUUGUCGUUUGUCCAUAGCAUUUUGUGUUUUUUUGGCUGCGGUUCAGAUGGCCAUGCUCAGAGAUAAUCUCGGAAUAGCGUUGCUAUGCAUGUCUAAACCUGUUGGGAAUUUAACGUGCGAACUGAACGAAGCCAUUGUGCCCACACUGCCGUGGGUAGAUAGCAAACGGAAUUGCGAGUUCGAAUGGGACUCUGCGACCCGCGGCCGUAUUUUGGGCUCGUUCCUGUACGGAUAUGUAUUGACGACAAUGGUGGGCGGUAUAAUUUCAAACAGUUACGGUGCCAAACUUCCGUUCAUGGUCGCAGGAUAUGGAAAUAUCAUCGUUCAUUUAUUGUGCCCGUUAGCUGCGCAGGUGCAUACAGAAUUGUUUUUUGCAUGCCGUCUUGUUCAAGGGAUUUUUGCGGGGUUGAUGGCUGGUCCGUUUUUCCAGUUGUUCAGUGCCUGGAUGUCGGACGACGAAGCAUCAACUCUGCUCAGUUUCGGCUUCAGCGGUUACUCGUUCGGGACUAUUAUAAUUUACCCGAUGAGUGGUGCAUUGUGCAGUUCUAAUAUUUAUGGAUUUGGAGGAUGGUCACUAAUCUUUUACGUACCAGCGACCAUAUCUAUUUUGUUCAUAUUAUAUUGGCACCUAUAUUUGUACGACGUACCCGACAAUCACCCAAAAAUAUCUCCAGAAGAAUAUGAAUAUCUAUUACAAAACGUCGGUAUAUCCGAAGAGCCGCUAGUAAUACCGUGGUUGUCCAUAUUCACAUCAUUGCCGUUUAUCGCAUAUAUGGCGUGUUACUCGGCAUUUUUGUGGAACAUUUUCACCAUGAUGAAUAACAUGCCGAUGUUUAUGCAAACCAUGUUGAAUAUCCAAACCAACGAAAGUGGAUAUUUGUAUUGUAUACCAUUUAUCUUGAUGUUUUUAUCGCGAAAUUUUAACGCUACAACAUAUCCAAUAGUUAGAAACUAUUCUGGACUGUCUAAUACCGUGUGCCGCAAACUAUACUGCUGUUUUGGGUGUUUAAUGGUUAUUACAUCACUAUUGAGCAUAAUUUUUGAAGAACACGUCACCAAAUGGCAUGUCGUUGCCGCAAUAUCAAUAAACUUGGCUUUAGGCGAUUUUGCUUACAGCGGAGGUUUCUUUCCGACACUCCUAGAUUUAGCUCCAAAUUAUGCAGGUUUGCUGUCUGGUGUGUCAACGUUUAUCGCAUUCGUAACUGCCUGUCCAUCAACUUAUGUCAACAGCAUCAUUAUUAAACAAAACACCAAGGAAGAAUGGAACACUGUUUUAUGGAUAAUUGUAUCCUUAUUUAUCUUCAUAAUGUUUUUUUAUUUAAUAUUUGGAUCAGCAAAAUUGCAACUCUGGUCGGUUGGCAAACUAGAAGUUCCUGAAAGAGGAACAUUCCGGUCAACAAUAAUAUUUAACGCAUCCAGAAAUAUGUCAACAAUACGUCCUUCACAUAUGUUUUAAAAUAAAACGUAAUUUUUAGUUGCUAUAUUGCUGUUGAAAUUACAUAUAUUAUAUUAUAAUUGAAUAAUGACAAAAGUAUUUGAAAAUGCUUAAACUCAUUGUUCCAAAAAGUUGUCUAGUUGUGUGAUACAAAUAGAAUUUAAGAUUGGUCAGUCCACCAGCCAUUUUGCUCAUUUCCUAAGAAAUAUUGUAACAACAAUUGUAUAAAAAAAUUAAUGUUUGUUGCAUACAUUUAAAAAAUUAA